AUGCUGGACCCCAAGGACCGUGGAGUGACCAUGACGUCCACUCAUAAGAUUUCCUUUUCUAUUAUUGAUAUAUUGGAUCCGAACAAAUUUAACAGCAGAAGGGGAAACGAACUUGUCAAGGAGAAGUUCUCUGUGCCACAUGAGGAGGGAACAAGUUUGGAGUCGGACAGCACUGCAGGCGGACACUUCAGAGUUGAGGGCACGAAAGCAGGUGAAGAGACAGGAGAUGAACACACUGCAGCCCCCAGGCAUCAUGCAGUCGACCCCCUUCACCUCUCCUUACCGGCUGAGCCAGAUCCCUGUCUCACCGCUGAACAGGACGACGCAGAGCCAGCCGCCCCCAUGCAGGACCCCUCACCGCACAAGCGUCGACGCACAGACCAGGCCUGUGCCAAGCCGCGGCGCGCCAGAACAGCGUUCACCUACGAGCAGCUGGUCGCUCUGGAGAACAAGUUCCGCGCGACUCGUUACCUGUCCGUGUGCGAGAGACUAAACCUGGCCCUGUCCUUGAGUCUGACCGAAACCCAGGUGAAAAUCUGGUUCCAGAACAGGAGGACCAAAUGGAAAAAGCAGAACCCCGGGGCGGACAGCACCUUGCAGCCCGGCUCCAACUCCCUGGUCAAUGUCAGUCCAAACCCGCCCACCUGCGGGACGAGCCCCGCCAGCUUCCACCAAACUUUCCCCAGCUUCAGCUCUGGGAAUGUGAUCUUCCACACGGCCGGUGGUGUUCCGCUUUCAUCCACUGGGGGGCUCCUGCAUCCCUUCAUGUCCAGUGGUUUUGUCCAGCCGACUUAUUUUAAUCCACAUCUAUGAAAGAAGCCAAGACUGACAUGCUGCAGCUGGUGAUGGGAACAAAAGUCACAGCUGCCCAGAGUCAUUGUGAACUGUUGCAUUAAUCAUGUCCUGAAAGUGAGGAGGAAAAGGAGGCACACAUUUGUCAUGUCCAUUACCAUUUCCCUCAACUGGGUGACAUUUAAAAGGGAGUUAAACUUCCUUACGAAACUCUGACUGUCUUUAAUGGUUUGUAAUGGGCCUUUUCCAAGACUUGAACAUGAUAACAAAAGGCUGUGACUGAGCCCAACAAUUAUCCCAUCAUUAAUUAAUGUCCUUUUAUAGCUGUGUGAAAAGACUGCACCACUUUGCACUGAUUGUCUGUCAUUGUGUCUGCUCAAACACCUGCUCACGCUGUGUAUCUGACAGCUCAUACAGUAUCAUUUUCUGCAUCGGUGUACUGUCUUACAUCUCACACUGUGGCAUAUUGCAACCA